AUGGCGUCCGUCGCCGCGGAGAAGGUGGAGCUGAAGGAGGAAGGGAUCAUCGAGGCCGCGACCGAGCUGGCCCAAGACCCUCAGUCCAGGGUCAAUCCAGACACAGUAGAAGAGACCCUGGUCGAAGAAACACGGCAAGCUGGCGGCGUCGCCUACCAAUUCGACCCCAAUGCGUCCCCCGAAGACAAGGCCGCCGCGGCUGAAGCACGAUUACCUCCAGGAUUUCACCAUGAAAAGAAGCCCAAAGGCAUGGCCGUCAUUACAGACCAAGAUGAUGGCAAAGCCGAUUAUGAUCUCCCGCCCCCGCGCUCAGCCACCGCGCUCCUGGCCGAGGAGGCCAACGCGACAGAAGGCAAAGACGGCAAGAAUAUUGACGAGGAUUUGCGCUGGGCUCGCGACCGCACGGGCUGGGCUCCCAAGUUCCAUGUUGAGAAGACUGCCGAGGAAGAAGCGGAAGGUACAUUGAUGGACCACCAGACCUUUCUCGAGGGCCGACUACCCGACAAGUUUUUUGGAGAUUGGUACCACAAUGCCGCAAUCAUCGUAUUUGCUUGUCUGAGUUCAUGGCUCAUUGCCGCGCUUGGCGGAGGUGUGGGCUGGGUGCUCUUGGUCAUGGCGGCAUGUAGUACUUACUAUCGUACCUCCAUUCGGCGAGUGCGUCGAAACUUCCGUGAUGAUAUCAAUCGUGAAAUGUCCAAACAGCGUUUGGAAACCGAUACCGAAAGUCUUGAGUGGAUCAACAGCUUCCUGGUUAAAUUCUGGCCUAUUUAUGCCCCGGUCCUUUGUGACACGAUUAUCAACUCGGUCGACCAGGUCCUCAGUACCUCAACCCCCGCUUUUCUAGAUAGCUUGCGUCUCAAGACUUUCGUGCUCGGCACAAAGCCACCUCGCUUGGAGCACGUCAAGACCUACCCCAAGACCGAACCAGACACCGUCAUUAUGGACUGGAAGUUCAGCUUUACACCCAAUGAUACCAUGGAUCUGACCGCGCGCCAGCUGAAGGACAAGAUCAAUCCUAAGGUGGUCUUGGAGGUGCGUGUCGGCAAGGGCAUGGUGAGCAAGGGUCUGGACGUGAUUGUGGAGGACAUGGCUUGCUCGGGCUUGAUGCGUGUGAAAGUCAAGCUCCAGCUGGAGUUCCCGCAUAUUGAGCGUGUGGACGUGUGCUUCUUGGACAAGCCUGAGCUUGAUUACGUCUGCAAGCCCCUCGGCGGUGACCACCUUGGAUUCGAUAUCAACUUCAUCCCCGGCCUGGAGAAUUUCAUUAAGGAGCAGAUCCAUAACAAUUUGCAGCCCAUGAUGUACGACCCUAACGUGUUCCCCAUCGAGAUCGCCAAGAUGCUCGCUGGAAAUCCUGUCGACCAAGCCAUUGGUGUGGUCGCGGUCACUCUGCACGGUGCUCAUCAGCUCAAGAACCCGGACAAGUUCGCAGGCACCCCGGAUCCAUACGCUGUGGUUUCGCUCAACAACCGUACCGAGCUGGGCCGCACCAAAAUUGUUCGGGACAACGACAGCCCUCGAUGGAAUGAGACCAUUUACGUUAUUAUUACUUCGUUUGCGGAUGCCCUGACCAUCGUCCCUUAUGACUGGAAUGAAUUUCGCAAGGACAAGGAACUUGGAUCGGCUUCAUUUGCUCUGAGCAAGCUCGAAGAAGAGCCAUCGCAUGAGGGUAUUUAUUUGGAGGUUUUGUCGAGCGGUCGCCACCGUGGUGCAAUCCAGGCUGAUAUUCGCUUCUUCCCCGUCCUCGAGGGACGUAAGCUUGAAACGGGCGAGACUGAACCCCCGCCAGAGAUGAACACCGGUAUUGCGCAAUUCACCGUCGAGCAGGCCAAGGAUCUGGAUGGAAGCAAGAGCUUCGUUGGCAAGCUGAACCCUUAUGGUGUCUUGCUGCUCAACGGAAAGGAAAUUCACAUCACCAACAAGCUCAAGCGGACCAACAACCCUAUUUUCCAGAAUGCCUCUAAGGAGUUCCUCGUCACGGAUCGCAAGAAUGCUCGUUUGGGUCUGAUCAUCAAGGAUGAUCGCGAUCUGAUGGGUGAUCCCAUCAUUGGCCGCUACCAGAUCAAGAUGAACGAUAUGCUCAAGAUGAUGGACCAAGGAAAGGACUGGUUCCAUCUGCACGGCGUCAAGGAAGGUCGCGCCAAGCUAAAGCUCCAGUGGAAGCCUGUUGCUUUGACUGGCGUUGCUGGUGGUGCUGGCUAUGUCGAUCCCAUUGGUGUCAUGCGCUUCCACUUCAAAAACGCGGCUGACCUGCGAAACUUGGAGGCUAUGGGCAAGUCGGACCCCUACGCACGUGUCUUGCUCUCUGGUAUCACCCGCGGCCGCACGGUGACCUUCCGUAGUAACCUCAACCCUGACUGGGAUGAGGUUGUCUAUGUCCCGAUUCGCAGUGCCCGUGAGAAGCUUACCGUCGAGGUCAUGGAUGAGGAGACUAUCAAUAAGGACCGUUCUCUCGGUUGGGUCGAGCUCAAUGCCUCGGAAUUCGUGCGUGAGACGGAGACCGGUGAAUACGAGAUUGAUGAUGAGAAGCAACUGACUUCGAGCCCUCUGCGCAUCGGUAACGGACCUUUCAAGGGCAAUAUCAACUAUACCGUCGCCUUCUUCCCGACUGUUCCAGUGGUCAACCCUGAAGAUGAGGUCGAGGAGGAAGAGGAGAGCGAGGAGGCCAACAACUCCGAGACUCCUGCUUCUCGCAAGAGCACCGACUCCAAGCCCAAGUCAUUGCACACGAAAUCCGCUAGCAUGGACUCGAAGGCUUCGAAGGUUUCAAAGGCUCUGUCAAACGGCGCUGCUACGAACGGCACCACUAAUGGCGAGCCUGCCACCAAUGGCCGCGCUAGCCUUGAGACCAACGGCUCUCGGCCGAUGACCCGGGACUCUGACUCUACAUCUGUGCGGUCGAUCAAGAAUGUCCCCUUGACUUAUGUUGGUGCGGAAGAUCUCAGCAACUACGAGUCCGGUUUCAUUGUGUUCAAAUUCCACGAGGGCCAGCUGGCUCACAACAACGUACAACUGGAGGUUUUGAUGGACGACUAUAUGUUCCCUGCCUAUAUCUCUCCUAAGAUUCACCAAAAUACCGUGAAAUCAUCUGACAUCGGCGAGGCUUUUGUCCGUGAGCUUGAAUUCUCGAAGAUUACCCUGCGCCUUGUCAGCAAGGACAACCCCAAGGACUCGAGCGAGGAGAACACCGUUGCCAAGUUGACUGGUGAAACCCUAUCUACCUUGCAGCGUAUUUUGUAUACUCCCACUGAGCUUGUCCUUCGCUCGAAUUCCGGCGAAGUCAGCAAGGUCACCGUCAGUGCCCGUUAUAUCCCUGUCCAGAUGAAGCUUGACCCCAAGGAGAGCAUCAACAACAUGGGCACUCUGCGCGUUGAUGUGUUGGAUGCUGCGGAUCUGCCUUCGGCCGACCGCAAUGGCUUCAGUGAUCCGUAUUGCAAGUUCUUCCUUGGUGACGAAAAGAAGGAUAUCUUCAAGACCAAGGUGCAGAAGAAGACCUUGCACCCGGCUUGGAACGAGUUCUUUGAAACCCCCAUCAAGACUCGUAUUGAUGCCAAAUUCCAUGUUGACGUGUACGACUGGGACUUUGGCGACUCUGCCGAUUUCCUCGGUGCUGCCCACAUCGACCUCGAAGCCCUCGAACCCUUCCAGGCCAAAGAGGUUUCUCUGCCUCUAGACGGCAAGUCCGGUGUCAUCCGCCUUAAGCUUCUUUUCAAACCUAGCUACGUGAUCCGCUCUCGCCAGGGCUCGUCUACUUUCUCCGGCACCUUUGCCGUGCCCGGCAAGAUUGUCGGCGCCCCCGUCAAGGGUGUCGGUUUUGUUGGUGGCAACGUCGUCCGCGGUGCUUCGUUCUUGAAGCACGGCCUCAUGUCCCGUAUACACAAGGAUAAGGGCAACGACGACGCCGCCUCGAUCGCCAAUAGCACCAUCGAGGAGACUCCUGCUGAUGCCCGCACCGAGCGUGCCGGUAGCCUUGCCCCCGCGGCUCCCCUCGUUGACGACAGCAGCUCCCCCUCGCCAUCCACCCCGCAGAAGGAACACAGCCGCAACCGCAGCACGGCCUCGAACUUCGGCGAUCGACUGAGCGUUAUUGGCGGCGCGGGCCGUGGUGACACCGGCACCGCCCACAUUACCGUCGUCUCGGCCGCCGGCUACCCGGCCUCGGCCAACGUGCGGGUCAUUGUCUCCCGCCAGGGUAGCAAGGGCUCCAAGGAAGUGCAUAAGACCAAGGCGCACAAGUCCUCUGGCAACACAAUCACAUACGAUGACGCCUUCAAGGUCUCCAACGCCACAGCCGACGCCCAGUACCAGCUUCGCGUCGUUGACCACGCCACUUUCGGCUCGGACAGCACCCUUGGCGAGGGCAUCUUCUUCGUCGGCGACCAGGGCUCCGUUGCCGGCCAGGACAAGGCCAUUCCCGUCGGCGACGGUACCAUCACCAUCCGCUCCAGCUUCACACCCAGCGAGGCUGCCUCCCUCCGCCCGACAACUUCCCACUCCACCGCCGGGCCGGACGACGUCGCCGAUAGCCCAGACUCGCGAAAGCCGCGCCGCAGCUUCCUCACCAAGCGCAGCGUGAGCGGCGUGUAA